AUGGCAAAAAAAUCUGAAGUAAUAGGGGGUUGGUACCACGAGAAAAAAGUCCCAGUUGAAGAGGUGCCUAUGUUACUUCGGUGUCACCAAGAAAUGCUUCGAAAUGUUAAUGCCCCUGUAGAACUAUCAUACCAAACGGAAAUUUUUAUCGGUCAAACUUACCAGUUGAGGAAUAAAUACCUUAUACCAAACACCUUGUUAUUCUUAACGGCUUCACUGGAUGAAGUACAAAUAAUGAAAGGUGCAGAUUUUCAGGAUAAAUGCUUGGCAGUAGCCAGCACUAACGGCAAACCAACCAGAAGCAACACCUUUCAAUUCGUAAGCCCUUGCGCAAAAUUGAACACCUCUCAAAACAAAAUAUGCUACGAAGAGGAUUUCUACAUCAAGUUGGCCAGCAAGGAUUUGUAUUUGAAGUACGAAAACUCCCGACCGCACUCCUUGACAGAAUACCCCGAGAUACGGCUUACAGACUCUCCAGACAGUUAUUGCAGGUUCAAAUUUUUCUACUGGAAUGACAAAUACAAAUAUAUGGACUUACGCACGACCGACUUACAAUCUCGGGUUUAUAUUAUACACACAAAAUCUGGAUUGCAUCUGUGCGCCGAAGAAUCACAGAUACCGACGUUGAUGGGUGACGUGUACGAAAUAAAGUGCAGGUGGGGUAAAGAUAUUGUAGGGAAUUAUAGUCCUGGGUGUAUAUGGAAAGUUAUCUCUAAUAGAUAA